GAUUUUAUUGCCCGUGGCGCCGCAUCGUAGGUACCAGAGGUAUUAUUCAAAAUGGCUGCGAGUUUUGUUUAGAGUGAGUUUUACGUGCUUGACGAAGACUUUUGCAGCUGUUGGUGUGUGCAGAAUUACGGAUAUAUAAUUGACAUGAAAGUUCGCCCACCACUGGCUUUUUCGAGGCCUGCACAGCUCUGGUUUUGCUAUGUCAGAGCAGUAUAGCAGCGACGAAGAUGCCUGCAUCUGCAAUGGAGAGGUGGGGUCCCGCAGCAGCCACAAGCGCAAGGAGGUCCACAAUGAGGUGGAAAGGAGGCGGAAGGACAAGAUCAAUAUUGGAAUCCUGCGCCUUGGGGAGUUGCUGCCCGAUAAGGAUCCCAGGAAGCAGAGCAAGAAUGGGAUCCUUGAACGGGCAUCGGAAUACAUCACAUACUUGAAAGAUUUGAAUGAGAAGCUGGUGACGGACAAGGUUACCAACUUGGAAGCCACUGUGUUUGCUGGUUUGCGUAAGCAGAUCAGGGACCUGGAGGAACUGAAUGCCAACUAUGCGAGGCUGCUGACCACAGCGGGCAUUCCCCUGACGAGUGGCCCCGAAGAGAUUUGGGACCACAAGCCAAAAAAGUAUUCGUUGAAACACCUUCCCGACAAGCAACGUGCCUUACUUGCCUGCACCGAGGUCAAGACAGUUCUUCAGCAGCAGCAACCUUGCCAGCAUCAUGGCACGACAGUCAUGUCAUCACGGCCUGCUGCAGAGCCUCUCGUUCCUAAAGCGCCGCAGGCUGCAGUGGCACCAGCUGUACCACCAGCACCUCCUCCAGCAAGCUGUGCACGAGAAGCAAUGCCUGGGUGCACGCUGGUGACUCAGGCACUUCCAUCAGCACCCGUCAUGUCCACAGCUCAACCAUCCGCUGUCACAGUGUUUCAGCAACAACACCCCCUGACGGCUGCAGCUACCGGGGUGGCCACAGGAACGGCAGGAGGGGUUGUCUCACAGCCUAUCCUAAUGAUCAACGACCAGGGCGUCCCUGUGCUACAGAAUGUGGUGACCUUCCAAAACACUUCCAUCAUCCUGAAUCCACAGGGGCAUGCCAUGGGAGCACGUACACCGGGAUCGGUGGUCUCCUUCACGGGGCCCGACAUGCUGCCCCAAGUGCACUUGGCAACAGGGCAGAGCACCGAUGACUUUGCUCACUCGGCGGCAGCCCUUGGUGGCCUGAUGCAGUGCGACCCCAAGCUGAAGGAGGCUGCCAAGCUCUGUGGCGUCCAGCAAAAUGCAGCAACUUUCCUCUCGGGUGCAGGAAUGAUGAUGAACCAGCCCCUCCUCUCCCUUGGAACUGGAACCACGAUGAUUGCUGGACAGACAGCACCGGCACCACAGGUCCCGUCAGCAUUCCUUCUUCCAUCCGGACAGAUCAUUCCUGUCGUGUCACAGCCACAAGUAGUCAGUGCACCUAUGCAGUCGGCGCACCCUCUCGGGAGUCAAGUGGCAGCUAAUGUAGCGGCAGCAGUGAGUAGUUGUAGUACUUCUCUCGGGAAGGUGGUGCAAUGUGACGGUGCACAGAGCUACAUGUGCAGGGAGCAUGCAUCUUCCGUUCAGCACAAAACACUGGCAUCUACACCUUCAUCUGGUGGAACUGCAGCGGGAAAUGCCACAGCCCAGCCAGGAGGAAACUGCAGAAAGCAGCACCACACCUGCCCUCAGCAUUCGUCACCAUCUUCAUCAAAGUGCAUUGCCGUGCCAGACAGUUCGAGGACAAAGCCAGUAUGUUCCCACGCAGCAUCCAAACAACCACUCUGCUCCAUCAGGCCCAAGCCGACUCCUCAGGCCCCAGAUUCUAGUCAGGCUAAGCCUUCGUGCACGCGUAAGAGUGGUGGGGGUAAGAAAGUGUCAGCAUCAAAGCCCUCCUCAGAGAUACCAGCUAAGAGGGCACGUGCAGAUGCACCGCGGUCAGAUGAGGAGACUGCCUCGCAUGCUUCCACCUGUUCGUCAACCACGGCCACCACCUCAGCCCAGAGCACGGAGGGAGUGAGCAGCACAAGCAACAAAGAGAUUUCACCCCUUGCUGCAGACAUUCUUGCCCAAGCAACAGAGUCUAUCUUUUCGUGUGGUGGCAAUGUGGAAACAGCAGUCAACCAGGCAGCACAGUCGAAAAACAAGAGUCCGGUGUCAGCAAGCUCAAGUGACCAGUCUACCGCUCCUCCUGCAGUUUCGAUUGCUGCCACUGUAGCGACUAACACAAGUGCACGAGCCUCAACCACAAUUACAGCAUCUUCUCCUCCCAGUACCUCUGUCACCCUCACCCAAAGUCACUGUUCGAGGGAUUCUGUGCUUGCAGAAGCAGUCUGUAGCAGUGAUGCCGUUCCAGCCAACAGCACUGUUGAAGAAGCGUCCAAGAUUAAAGACAUUUUUGAGAAUGGAAGGCCAACUGAAAUCGAUGCGGAGACAACGUCUACUACUAGCCAAGUGUCAGCUGAAAAUGGUGCACAGUCAGCAUCGGCAAAGGAUGGGCAAGAUGACAUACAGGCAUCUGAUAAUGACCGAAACGAACUUCCUAGUCUCAGUUUACACUCUAUAGUGAUGGAGGAAAACAUCGAUAUAUCUCCGAGUGUCAGUUCGACAACCUUCACCGAAAGUUAUGUGUCGGUCAGCGCCAGUAGUAAUGGCCACAGCACACCUCAGGGCUCCUCUAAGAUCCCCGACUGUGCUGCUUCCAUACUUUGCCAGCUCACUCCACCCAGCAGCAAAGGCAGUGAAGAUAAUAGCAAAGCCUUUGUCUCCAGCACUGACAGUCUAGCUUCAGACCAGGAGUUGCCCCUAAUACUGAGUAUUCCUGAAGACGAUGGGCAUGGUUCUCUAAACAGCAACUCGAAUCCAGGUCUUUCUUUCCCGUCGCUGUCACCAGGGGAUCAAUUAGAACAUGAAUUGGGAAACGGCAAUGCUAAGACAGCAGAAAGCACAAGCAGCCUAUCACAGUUUGUCCUCACUCCGCCAACACCACACCUUCCAGCCAGCACAGCACAGGUAUCAGUCACCUCGAGCACAAACAAAAAGAAGGAGUCAUCAGAGAGCAGCACGUACACCUAUGUUGCUUCUGAGAGCUUCCCGACACCACCAAGUCAUUCAGAGGAGUUGCACACCAUUGGGAACACCAGCAGCAGUAGCAGCAAGCAAGACUGCCACCAUGCCUCUCGAUCUCCACAACUUCAUAGCGCACCUCCUGCGAAGUUGCACAUGGAGGCAUCGUGCCACAGUUUUGUUUCAAACGCACCGCGUACACUCCCAAUGCACAGCAGAGGAUUGCAGUUUUCAACAGCAUCUGCAGCGAGCACACCUGCUCAAGUGCACCACAUUUCAUUGCCUGGCUUUAGCACAGCUCAAGGCUUUGCUGCACCCAAGGAGCCCGAAUCUUUGCCCCUGCUGGACAACAGCAGCAAGCCGCCCCCUUCACCAUGUCGUAUGAUCCGUGACUCUGGACGUUGCUCGACACCAAGUAAGAGUCCAUCAGCACAGUUUCCAAUGUCCAUAAACCCGUACAUGACAACCCCUUCCUUUCCGUUUCCGCGACCUGAUCAGUACACACCGUGUACCAGGACACUAACUCCCCAAAGCAACACACCGAAUAGCAGUAACACUGCAUUGUCAUGUUAUUCUGCCGAGGCGUUGAUUGGGACUCAGAACUUCUUACCAUCUUCUUACCGACUCACGCCUCCCUCGUGUGCCCAGGUGCCUACAACUCAGAGGUCAUCCUGUCAGCAGUCGUCACGCCCUCAAAUCUCCUACUCUGCAGAAAGCCUUAUUCAGUCACAGGCUAGCAAUCCAAAGAAAGAUCUGCAAGCAAAUGCCAAGGAACCUAGCUUUUCAAACCAUCCUGGAUUUGUGAACAGGCUUCCUUCUUACCAACCCCAGACCAGCACACAUACUACAGCGCACUCACAUCAGAGGCAGCUUCCAGCCAACACAUCUCAACAGAUGCACUUGCCCAGCACAACUAUGUCGGGGGCACCAGACAACCGGUCGCAGGCAUUGCCUGUUUCAACGACCGUGCCUCCUCAGCCCACCACAGUGCACAGCAGCUACACAGUACAGCUUAGCACCAACACACAGCGUAGCUUGGCAACAACUCCGAGUAGGUACCCCAUCCACACAUACCACACAGCCAAGGAUGACUUCCCCAUGCUGCCCUCGGCGCCAUUACACACUCCGCCUCUGCACACCAUGACACCACACAUGUCACAGUCUCCCUCGUCCCGCAGCCACCACGUGCAGCCCGAGACAAGCUCGAACCAGAACAUGUUUCAACAUCAGAAUUACCCUUACCCAAAUUUUUCCCUCGGUCACCGGAGCCCCAGUUUCGGUACCUGCGCUGCCUCGCGGCCUGAAGUUCCAGCAACAAGUCGACCACCAGCUAGCUGCCUUCAGGCAACUUCCCCUCGACAGUCUCACUUUGGAAUGCAGGUGCCUACAUCCCAGCAACAGGGCUGCCUGUUUCCAAGUGCCUCCUCGGCUUCCCUCCUGCCCUUGACGUCAGAGUUCGGCCCUCAGUGCUCUGGUCCGUUGGCUCCACCUCCACCACCAGUCUUUGGAAAUCUGUCCCAACAUUGCGCGCAAGCGCCACAUCUGGUUAACAAUCUGAUCCCCGGCCCAUUUGCCACAAGUGGCAACACCAUAUGUGGUACCUCACUUCCUCAGCCAGGCGCGGAGAGUGAAAAGCAAGGCGGUCGCAGGGACAAACAAGGCAUGCACCUAAUGUCAGAGACUGGCUGCCCCGACCCUGAAAAGCAGCAGUCCAAAUCAAAAUCCAAAAAGAACAAGCCCUCAAACACCUCAUCGCACACUGCUGUGAACAGCAUACCAUACUUUCCAGAUUUCAGAAAUGAAUCUCAUAACCACGCAUUGAUAACCUUGCCCCCCCCUCCAGCACCUUCACAAAAGCUACCUCACACUCCUUCCCUUCCAUCGAUGUCCACGUCGACAUCAUCGGCUUUGCCUUGGCCACAUCAGCAGCAGCACCACCACCAGCUGCAGCAGACCCUGCAACCACCACACACAAAGCCCAGCCACACCAGCACUGAUGUUGAGCGAAGUGCAAACAUCAGCAGCGCCACUUACAAUCCGCUUUUCAGGCCUCAGUCCCAGCAGAACAGCAUCAACCUGAACCUCAACGGAUCUUGUGUACCAACACCUCACUCCUCCUCUGCAGCUUCUUUUUCACACCACCACAGCCCCCUACAAAGAAAUGCGCAACACAGUAGUGCAUCAACAUCAUCAGUCGCAUCUGUAGUAUCCAUGACCAGCAGCAGCAUUUCAACAGCAGCACAAGUGGCACCCUACUCAAACUGUGCGGUUGCACCAUCGCAGCAUGUCCCGAACUUUAACCUGAGCAACAUCUUUCCUGACAUUGGCUCGGGAGAACAGGGAAGGGCUAGUGCAGCACCCCCCCCACCGCCUCCAUCCACGCACUUUUAUCCCUCAAGCCGCGUGCUACACAACUCAUUCAACCACAUUUUGCCACCUCCACCACCGCCAGCGCCACCUCACAACAACUUUGUGCACUCUGGCCACCAUGCGCCUUCCUUCUCUAAUGUUAUCCCUCCACUCACCUUUCCUAUGCACGAACAUUAGACCUUCUCUGACACCCUACAAACAGGCAAGUUUGGGAAGGUGGUCUCUCAAAAAAUGCACCACUUCCCAGGUGGCUUUUCUGCAGCCUACUGCUCAUGGGCAACUGCAUUGAAAUGCGCAUAUGUUGGUGCUCCUGUACUUACACUUCAUAGUUCUCAUCUUUCUGGUGAAGUUUUUGUUGUUAUGCAUUUUCCGUAAUAUUUAUUCCUUGUGCUUGUCUGUGUUGUAGUGUGCUACCGCUCACCUGGGCUUUUUAGCCACUUGUUAAAAAAAAAAAACAGCACCUGAUUUUGACUUACUUGGUGUUCUGAUUCUAAAGCACAGCUCCUAACCUCUAAGGUACAAAUGGCAAAGUGAGGGUGUGUGUGUGUGUGAUGCUGAUUGGCAACUUGUGUCCCUGAUGUCACAUUCUUGAUCACAGAACGCUGUUUGCCUAUUGCUCAAACGACCGCAACAUGAACCUGAGUUGGCUCUGCUCACUGUGUUUUUGCAAAAAUAUGAGGCAGUUAUGUUGAAGCAAUUCAUGCCCAUUGUGCAGUUUUCAUUGUGUUUUUAAUCAUUGUAGAUUUGACUGUGGGUCUGCUGUACCAGUGUGUUUAUACCCGGUGUGUUUUGGUUUAUGUAAUGGUGUUCUUAAAGUUACACUAAGGUAUACUCAAUUUUUUUCUGGCUAUGAAAGUCAAGGCAUGAGGGUGAAUCUUGUGAACCUGUAUUACUGAAACAAAUAGUUUGGCUGGGUAUGGCGCCACUUUCAGCUUAACUGAUUUCAUGUAGCUUGGUGACCUUCAAAAAAGGAGUUGUAGUGAAGUCAGCAUAAACAUUGCAAGAAAUUAGCUUUAUCUGUUCCAACACUUGCUCUUCGCUGAAGUUUGUCAUAAGUAAAUUCAGCAAGCUGAACGGCAGGCCAGCACACAACAAGCAGUUGCCACAUGAUGCAGUUGUAGAUUUUCUUUUUGAGAGAUGUGCAGAACCUUUCUGACGAUCACAUGGCAUGACUCAAAAGAGCAAACUAAAAUGUUAUGUCGGCAGAUGUUACACUUCUCUUUAGAUAGCUUAUCAUAUAUAAAAGAGUAACUAUUCUUGUUUUUCACAUUGGAAAACACCGCUCACAUUGCUGGACUAUUCUCCGCAGUGAUGCAGACGUUCACUUUGGUUCUGUUACUUUCCCUUCAUAGUCAGAAAGAGUUGUCCACAAAUAUGCCGGUGAAGUUUCUUUUCCCUAUGAUUGCUUGUACAGUAAAACAGAAAAAAAUGUCAGCUGAAACCUAGAUUUGAUGCCCUAAUUGUUACUUUUCUGUCAUCUUGAUUUGUGAUGAUGAGUAUUACAGAUGCUAAACUGGCAAGCAAAUUAUGGCCGUGUGCCUGCUAUGUACAUAUGUAACCUUUCUUGCAUGCUCUACCCAUCAAUCAGCUUCUGUUUUCUUUUACAUUAUUUAAUUGUUUCUCACCAUAUGUGUCUUCUCUCUCAAUCAAUCACAUUGAAGGAGAUUUCCACCUUUCCCACGGUGUAACAUCUGUCACAGCGUGUCACAGUAGCUGGCUGAGCUGGCAUUAUUUCUUUUGUUGUGAAAAUUCUGCUUAGAAGAGCAUUCAAAGUUUGCUUGUGCCUGGUGAAAAUUUUUGCAAAACCACUUGGAAAAAUUUCUACAAGAAGUUAAAUUUAUUUAAUUGAAUCUCAGUAUAACAGACUUCUUUUCAUUUCAUAUCUUAAUUCCAUAGAACAUAAUGUAUUGUUUCCUACAAUUUAACAAUGCAACAUGGUUCGGCAGCUUCGUUCAUGCACAUUAUGUGCACUUAACUGGAGCCUUCGUGACAAGCAAAGGAAAAGAAAGGCAUCGCACAAUGGUGAAUUCAUCAUUUACACACGUCCUUUCAUACUUAGAAAUGUUGCUGGCAAGCACCAAGAAAGAGUGUUUAGUGGAGAGCGGAAUCAUUUAUCAGAGAAUGAAAAGAAUGAAAUCUGCCACUUUGCCAUCUAUUAUGCUGUAAUAUAAACAGAGCUGGGCUAGUCCCAUUCAUGCUCACAGUCUUGUUGAAACGCUGUGAAAACUCUGCAGCUGCCAGUCAGAACAGGUAAACUCCAACCAGAAGUGUGUUGUGGCAGUCAUGAGAGGAAUGUACAUUGUUUCGAUGCAAUUGCACCUUGUUUUUGUUAUUGCAAACGGCGUCCCGGUGAUCUUGGAUUUGUCACUCACUACACCAUUAUAAAAAACAAAAUGGUAUCUGCAGCAUUAGCAGGUCAUGUUGACAAUAAUGAUAUACCUAAAGCCAUGGCUCCAUAGGUUAGGUUAGGCCUAGCAGAUAUUAACUUCAUAUUCAGAUAUUAACCUAACCUAACCUCGCAUGCCGGUGCUUUUCACCCAUAACGGUUGUUUCUUGCACAAUUUUGUUCAUAAAUGCUUACUGAUCACAUGCUAUCUACCAGGACCAUUCAGGAACUUGUGGAAUUCAACAAAAUUUCCCACUACAACUAUGGCUGUGUUCCAUAGAGGUUGACUGAAUAGCACUGAUCCAGUCUUGCGUAGCACAAGUACGAAUUGUAUAGUACCAUCAUUGCGGAAUCGCAAGUGCUAGAAAUAAAUGCACAUCUAAGGCACAUAAAUAUCCUAUGCUAUGGGACCUGCAUGCACAGAUAGUAAAAUGCUUAUUGAGAACAUUUAAAAAACAAGUGCUCCAUGUUUCACGAAAUUAAAUUUGGCUAAAAAGUUCUAGGAACUGGUAUUUUGUUGCAAUAUUUGCAUUAUCAAAAAUAAGAACUGCAGAUUAGUGGCGACACUUUUUUUUUAGAGAAGGGUUAAGCUAAGCAAUGUCCAAGAUCUGAUCAAAUAUCUCAAGUGUUUUUGCAAUUCCAUUAAAUAUGUAGCAUCACUGAAGGCAGGUUUGCAUCUCUAAUUGAAGUUAAUAUCUGCUAGACCUAGUUGAAAAUCCACUGAAACGGCAAAAGUGGAUUAGUGAAAGGCAUUUAUUCAUACCAUAAUGCUUGUGUUGUCAAGCUUGUCAGAGCACGUGGAAAUGCUGAGAAGGAGCAAGUUCUCCGGAAGUUUUUCUCCUCCUUAUUUUUUUUUUAAUUUUUCUCGGGUGCUUUCUAGUAGUUUAUAUGCAAACUGUACCUCUGCAAGUUUGUGACUUGACUUUCCAGCAUUCUGAAAUGCCAAUAUUUCUGCAUCAGUCACAGUAAUUAUGCUAUUCUUCUCUGCAAUCCGACUGUCACGAUAACAUGUCAUGCAUUAUAUUGCAUAAAAGCCUUCUAUUGUUAGUAGCAUGAGCAGAAGAUAUUAUUAUAAUCUUCAAGUGUCCACCAGAGCUGCUUAAACUGUGCCAUUUACAGAUCUAUGCUAAAAAAGUCUGGCCACCUGCAGUGGCUAAUCUGGAAGUUGACAAACGGGUGCAUCUCAAGUACAGAAAAUUAAGCCAUAUGAAUUGUAAACCAUAGGAAGAAAUAUAUGCUUUGGGCAGUGCAAAAAGCUUGAAGUAGAAUGCAUAAUUUUCGCCUCAUAUUAUCCUCGGAUUGAAAGUAUUUCACCUCACCAUCACAAACUGCAGAGUGCACUCAAGGCCGCACAAAAACAUUAUUGCAUAUUAUUUGUUUCCGAUUCUACUAUAGGCAUAAAUUGAAACUUAGACAAGUCAAAGGCAACUAGGUUGUUGUUGUCGAGUUCCAACCUCGCCUGCAUUUGUAACAGUAGCUUCAUUCGGGCUCCAAAAUGUACAUUUGUGCCCGCACCGUCCUUAAAGGCCAACUGCAAUGAAACACCACCAUUACCGUUUGCCAGAAGUGGUGCAUGACCCAUGACAUUGAGAACCACUGCGCCUCUUCUGUGUGACCUCCGAGACCAGCAGUACAAUAAGAAAUGUCGUAGGCUAUGUGCUAGGAUUUGCGUCAUAUCCACUAACCACCAGGUACAUACAUCAUAUGAAUAGGUGCUACUUAAAGGCUAUCGGUAUGAAAGCUGGACAGUUACGAGAGGUGCAGCUUUGCCAGGGUUGCUUCAAUGGUAUAUACUGCUAAUUUGUAACCAAUUCAGCCAAAGCAAAAUUUUGUUGUAGAUGGCCUUUAAUGACCAGCUACGAAUUCGGUACAGUCAAACCUUGAUAUAACGAACACUGAUAUGAUAGCUAAUCAAAUGUUUAUUGCCAUUGUCGGCCUGUAGUGAAUUUACGCUUGCAACAAAAAUCGGAUAUAACAGAUUUAUUUAUACUCCAUUAUAAGAUUUUAAACUAUAGUGAAAGUUGCACUUUUAAAUGCACUCUGUAAGGCCUUUCACAACUGGUACAAAGAAUAAAGUUGGGUAGUUCCUAUAAUGGUUUGAUAACCAGUGGUCUACUAGGCCAACAGAAUUAGUCCCAAUAAAAGAAAAACGAAGCUGGUAUAAUAGCAGACGAUUAGGAUGUGAUUAGCUCAGGAAAUUCAGACUUUGGGUGCACUGGCCUCUCGAAGAGCAGAGACCAUUAAAGGUGUGUGGAAGACGCCUUUACCCUCCAGUGGGCUUUCAGUAUGCCGGUGAUUCUGAAACACGCUUUGUUCAUAUCGUAAGGCUUGAAAAAACAAGCUCUAGCUGACAGUGCCGCUGCAAGCUGUGCUGCAUUGCACUACAAUUUGUUCCGAUGGCAUUUGCAGCAAUGGCAUUCUUUCUGGUCCACAUAUCCCGAACAUUGUCAACUUCUAUAAUGCAUUCAAUUAGCCCAGUACAAUUCACUUGUGGAAUCUGGUGAAGUUUUGUUUCCCCUUAUGUUGUUUAUUCAUCUGAUUCACUAAAAGCACCUGAAACGAACGUCAUGUGUCAACUCGGAACAAGUACUAUCCCUCUGGAAGCAUUGUUGUAGUCCUAGCAGCCAUAAUGCUGGGGUGAAAUGUAUCGCAUACACAUCUGUUGUCUGAAGUUAUUGUAGUGCCUCCGGCAUGGACACGAACAGCUGUUUGUCUGUGAUGUGAAAGUUGUUGGUGAAAGAAGGUGCUUGUCUUUGUGAUGACUGCAAAUGGUCCUCCCUCCAACUUUUUACUGGUUAUCAAAAACCCACAUGGUUCUUUUACUAUAGAGCCUCAGGUUGAGGUUCAAGACGCUGCAAAAGCAAACACAUGUCAACUUCUAUUGUUGCAUGUAAAGGCCUGUACGUCUAGUCAGCACACCUCUGCCGCCAAUCGCACUUCACAUGUCAUUUGCAUUCGCAUUGUAGAUAUUUGUCGGUCCUCUCAUUUGCGGCAUUGUCAGGCAGUUAAAUCAGCCGUGUUUUUAUGUAUAAAGGCCCAUCCAACGUCACCCUCUUGCCAUUGCACUUGACUGUAAUACCCCUUCCAUGCAAGUUUUCUAAUGUAAGCUUGUUAUGCAGGAUGGAUGUACGUAGUUGUACACGGAAUAAUGUUUUGCACUAUUAGUGUAGGUUAUUGCAGUUGAUAUUUCAUGAUGUGCACAACAGUCAGUGUACAGACCGGUCACUGUAUUUUAGAAGUUCAACUCACUUGGUGUACUGUGUUGUUUUUUCAUCGAUUGCAGUCGCUUUGCUCGACUUUGCAUGUAAAUAAGCUUGGUGUAAAAGUGUUUAUAUAAGGUGGUGGUGCUGUACAUAUGUUGAGCAACAUGCUUCAUGUGAACUGUUUGUUGUCAAGAAGCUGUUAGUGUAUCAUAUGCUCAAGCUCUUGUGCGUGGUGAAGAAAGAGGCCUAGGCACUUUUGUAGAUUACGUUAUGGCCCCAUGUGAUUCUUUUGGUGUAUUUUUGCAUGGGACACUAUGUUUGGGAAGUGAUAAUUUGACAAAAACGAGUGCUUCGCAAUAAACUUUGUGUUUUAUUCUGCUAUUGUGUAUGAUAACGUCUGAAUAGGACCUCUUUCUACCCAUGUACUUACUUCAUUAAAAUGUACAGACAUUCUAGCCAUCAUAAAAUGAAUGAAUGUAUGUGCAGUGAGGGCCUAUAUAUUUUACAAGCACAACAAAAUCCAUUUGUAAUCUGGCCAAAAGAUACUCAAAAUAAAAAGCUCAUGCAGU